GCUGUGCUGGGUCUGUCCCUCUUCUACUUAUGUAUGGCUGAAGUGCAGCAGCCGGAUCAAGAUUCAAAAACUCCAGUGACUGCAUCGCUGUGUACCUGUGCUUGUGACACAACAGACACCCAGUUUAACCUCCAACUCUUUCUCGCCUUAAGAAAAAUGGAGAUCAGACUGGAAAAGACUGAGAAACAGUUAGAGGAUAUGAAGAAAGAAGUCCAAGGUCAGCGGGUGGCUUUUGGAGCGUCUCUUGGGUCUCUUGGUGGAACUACUGGACCAUUCAACACUGACAUCACACUGACCUACAAGAAUGUCUACGCAAACACGGGUGCAUACAACCCCGCAACAGGUAUUUUCACUGCUCCAGUCAAAGGAGUCUACUACUUCAGCUUCUCUGGCCAUAAUUUCUCAUCUAAACCAAUGGGACUGCGACUGAUGAAAAACGCAGUGCAGAUGGUCACUGUGUACAACCACCCAGCUGGAAAUCGCCACGAGACCGCAACCAAUGGCAUGACUCUACAGCUUGAAGUGGGAGAUCAAGUGUGCAUGUGGCUUCGGGCAGGCACCUGGAUUGUUGAUAAUGAUAAUAACCACAGUACCUUCAUUGGCUAUUUGUUGUUCCCUCUGUAAGAAAAAUAAAGUUCUUAUCUGCAAAAAAGACAAACUGUAUUGUAAGU